AACAGCGCUUACUGUUAAUAUCAAUAUGGCUUCUGUCAGUCAGACAAAGGCGAAUCAGUUUUUGCCCUGAAAUGAAAUCAAAUUAGGGCAAGGUAGCGGUAGAGUCGGACAUCGUCCUGUUUCGCUGGUUCAUGUCUGGUGACGGGGAUCGAAGGGAACAGCUGCGAGACGCGAACACUGUCAGUUUCGUUGAAUAAAUGCUGCGGUGCACGGAGGCCCCGCACGCGCAGAAUCAGAACUAAACUGAUGCCAUUUAGGAUGAUCAAAAUAAUGUCCCAUUAUACAGAUGAGCCUCGCUUUACCAUUGAGCAGAUUGACUUGCUGCAGCGUCUGCGUAGGAGUGGCAUGACGAAGCAAGAGAUCUUGCACGCCAUGGACACUCUUGACCGGCUGGACCGUGAGCACGUCGAGAAGUUCGGCCAUCGGCACGCCCAUGGCGGAAACGGGGCAGGGGCCGUCGCCAGCAACGGUAGCAACGCCACCACCUCUUCCAACUCCUGCACUACCUCCUCUAACAACCUCACAGCCUCUUCUUCAACGACCUCUACGGCCACGCAGACCGGUUACCGUGGUAACGGCCUCUCCCCCUCCCCUAGCAACAGCUACGACACCUCUCCGCCCCCGGCGGUACCCACUCCGAUGCAGGUAGUAGUGUCCAUGGUCCAAAACGGGCGGGACGUCCUCGCUGCUAUGCCCAAUGGGAAGCUGUCUCCGCCCCGUUACGCUGUGAGUAACGCCUCCACACGGGUCCUCGGGUUCGAGCACACUGAUGAGGAGGUGGACAUCGAUGACAAAGUCGAAGAGCUUAUGAGACUGGACAGUGCUAUAAUUAAAGAAGAGAUUAAAGCUUUCUUGGGGAACCGGCGAAUAUCACAGGCUGUGGUUGCCCAAGUUACAGGUAUAAGUCAAAGCCGGAUCUCUCAUUGGCUACUUCAGCAAGGUUCAGACCUCAGUGAGCAGAAGAAAAGAGCUUUCUACCGCUGGUACCAACUGGAGAAAACUACACCUGGCGCAACAUUAGCGAUGCGGCCCACCCCCAUGACCCUGGAGGAUGUGGUGGAGUGGCGUCAAACUCCCCCUCCUAUCAGCAGCACGCAGGGCAGCUUUCGCCUGAGACGCGGCAGUCGCUUCACAUGGAGGAAAGAAUGUCUGGCGGUGAUGGAGAGUUAUUUCAACGACAACCAGUAUCCCGAUGAAGCCAAACGAGAAGAAAUUGCCAACGCCUGCAAUGCAGUUAUACAAAAACCAGGGAAAAAGCUUUCAGAUCUCGAGCGGGUCACGUCGCUGAAAGUUUACAACUGGUUUGCCAACAGACGGAAGGAAAUCAAGAGAAGAGCCAACAUAGAAGCAGCAAUCCUGGAAAGUCAUGGGAUUGAUGUCCAGAGCCCAGGAGGUCAUUCCAACAGCGAUGAGAUUGAUGGCAAUGACUACGGCGAGCAGGUCGCUGCUGACCAGGUUUUGGGAAUGGAUGACACCACCGGCCCAAGUGAACACCAAGACCCUAUAGCUUUGGCUGUGGAGAUGGCCGCUGUCAAUCACAGCAUCCUGGCGCUGGCGAGGCAGGGCGGAGCCACCGGCGACAUUAAAACAGAGGUGCUGGAUGACGAAUGAGAGUUUUCCCUCACGGGUGCCACGCGUAAGGAAGCCGAAGGAGAAAUGUGGGGUUACGAGAUUAAAAACUGUGAUCACAGAGGAUUAUGGCCAGGUCACGGGUGACCAAAGUGAAACGCAGAGGUUAUAAAGACUGUUAACCCAACAUUCCCCUCUUCCAGCUCCCUCGUACAUGUGACGCCUGAAAAGUGUUUUCAUCACAGCUCUCCUAAAUGCAGCAGGUUUAUGACACGUUCACUAAAAACUCAGUUCGUAGAACAUAUCGGCUGUCAUUUCACACUCAGAUAAUGAAUUUCGCCUCUUUUUUGGUCUUUCAGGAAGUCUUCUUUGCAGGAUACAAGAGGUCAGGAUCAUAUUAACUGUUUACUGUCCUCUCUCUCUCUCUCCAGGGAAAGUGUGUUGGGAAGCGUAUUCUCUCUCACUUGUUAACUUAUUUCUUUUUGAUAUACAGUAGAUGCAGGCCUGCAUUUGCUGAAAUUCAUUUCAAGUUUCAUGGUCCAAAAUUAACAGUCAACUUGAGUUUUGCUGUGCUAAAUAAAUAAAACAAAGUUACUUAUUGCUGGUAACUUUGCGAUAAAAGGUUGUUUAAAAAUGAUAGUCCAACUCUCGCACAUUUAAACAUCAACUACAAAUACAAACAGGUUUUUUUUCUCGAUAACUUGCGUUGGUGACACAAAUGUAGAAUUCUUGGGUUAAAAAUGAUAAUAAUGUUGUUAAAGAGUAAAUAUUACAAUUUCCUUGAAUUACAUUUCAUGCAGUGUAAUGUUGCUGUGUGUGAAUGUAAGCAGUCUGCCAAGUUGUAAAGCCGAAAGUGAACGAAUAACAAAGUUAUUGGCAUGGGAAAAGGGAGUUGACUCUGACUCAUGCGAACGAGUCGUCUGUCGUUCUAAUUUCAGUUCCGGGUCAGAUUUGCUUCACUCCGUGUAAUGCCCGCCUACGUUCCAUUUGCGACACUGCACGAGGUAGACCAAUCACAGCAGACUAGACCAUCUGACCAAUCAGAUCAGAGUAGGCUGACAGAAAGGAGGGGAUUAGACGGAUGAAUCGCCGAACGAAUCAUUUGAGAGUCAGUCAAGAAGUAAGGUAAUAAUAACUGCAUAUUAUUAGAAAAUGAAAGUGUUUUUACACCGUGUAUGUACGUAAACUUGUUGUUGGACACUCCAUAAACCAAAGUAGGACCUUAAAAAUCACAAAUGAUUUACUCUUUAAGCAAGUAUAUAAAAUAUCUGAAGUCUCUCAUAAUCCUAUCCCCAAUUCUUAGCGUUAUGCGUAUAAUAUUGAUUGAUACCUUGAAAUAUUGAUUUAUCACGUAAUGAUAAAUGUAAAGUAACCUGCAAUUUAAUGUUUUGAACAGAGAUGGCGAUAGAGAGGCUAAAGUUACAGAUUGCAGCUUUAAACUGCCUAAACAAAAAUACGAGCAUACAAUUUAAGAUGCGUCUUGAUGUUUUUGUGACACAAGAGAGUUUGUUUCAACUCGAUUGAUCUGUAAUUUCUCACAAGUGUGCAAGAAAAAUGAGCAAAAUUAAUACAAGAAAAGGAGUAGUAUUAAAGGAAUAGUUCACCCAAAAAUGUUGUCAUCGUUUACUCACCCGCUUGUCAUUACAAACCUUUCUUUCUUCUGCAGAACUCAAAAGAAGAUAUUUUGAAGAAUGUUGGUAACCGAACAACGGCGGUACCCAUUGACUUGAAUACUAUGGACACAAAACCAAUGCAAGUGAAUGGGUACCGCCAUGUUCGGUUACCAACAUUCUUCAAAGAAUGAGUAAAUGGUGACAGAAUUUUAAUUUUUGGGUGAACUGUCACUUUAACGCAAAUGUAAUGUAGUGAAAAUAAACAAAACAUAUUUACAGUCAGUAAAAUAUUUUAAAUUCACUCACUACUGGCAAGUUAAUUUUGGACCCUGUUUGUCGCCAUACGAGUUGUAAAGGACUGUUUCUGCAGUAUGACAAACAGCCUGCUGGCUUCAGCAAUCACACACACUGCACUUUUAAGUACUGACAUACGCGGCCUGUAUAUGUUCUUGCCGCAACACGACUGUGCAUCUCUGUGGGGGGACGACUGAAAACUCUACUUGUGAAUAUUGUGCCAUUAUACUUCAGCAUUAGCAGACUAGAGUAUCAGCUUUUCCGCAGGCGCCCUUAAAAGCAAUCAGACAACAGCAGUUUAUUUUAACAUAAAUAUAUAACGUAGUGUUUCAUGGCUGGAAAAUGUAGCGUUGGCAAAUUCUUGGUCUCAGCGAACGGGAAAACACUUGACAAUCAGGGUAAUGAUGUUCCAAUACUAAAACCUGUUGGUGUUUGGCUCGCGAUGGGAAAGUGACGAUAGCUAAUUGUGAAAAUCCCUUCCACGAGGAUUCUUUUCCAACCUUAAAGUGGAUUAAACCACUCUAAUAAAUAUCCCAUGUGAUUUGCUUAUUUUGUGUUCAUUUUGCCAUUUAAAAUAUGUCACUUUAGGGGGAGGGUUUAUGGUGCUUUGGGCAUAUAUUUUUUCUUUAUCUGGUACUCUUUCAGAGAAAGACAAGAGGGAUUGCGUAGUUUAGGUUAUUUUUCUUGUGCUUCAGAAUUGAAAUAUGGUGCUCGUUUUAAACACACGUCCUCGAAAACAUUUUAAAGUCUUUCCUUUUUGCCUUUUAGAAAGCUGCUUUCCAUGUUAAAUGCACAUCGCUGCAGUCGAAAAUAAGCUUUUUAGAAUCAAAGUAGCUCUGACAGACAGACAAAUUGACCUGUGAAAAGAAAUAUACGCUGCUUAAAAAUGUUCUUUUAGAAUGUCUGAAAUAACAUUUUUAAACUUCACAAACACAUUCUUGUUGAUUUUAUGGACUGAACUUCUGUUAGUGAGAUCUCAAGCUCACAAAGAUCCAUUCACAGCGGAACAUAAAUCUGAAUACAUAUUAUCAAUAUUUCUUAGGACCUGUUAAUAUGGUACAAGAGAAAGUGUAAAAUCUGACAACACAAUUUCUGUGAAAAUGAAUGAUCAUUGAUGUGUUGUUUAAGUGCUUACAUUCUCUAAUACAUUGUUCCAACAAAUCUACAUAAAUAUAUCUCGUCUACUUGCGAAAAUCUAUGUAAUAAGGAUAUUGUAUGUAAAGAAAGACUAUUAUUCAACAGUUAGAACUGUUUCUUGCCUUAGAAACAUUCUGCCAAGCAGAUCUGUCAAAUGAGACUUUAUCAGCUUUGCCUUUUUUUGUAAAAAAAAGUGUUUUUAUUAGAAUCAAAUGGGGAAGGCCUGGGCUAUUUAUCACACUUUUUACUCCAAGUUUUUGUUAGGAUGGGGUUAUUUGUAAAAAUCAUGGAAAUGUAACAAAAUGAUUGUUUUGUCUAACAGAAAAUGUCAUUUAUUACUUGUAUAAAAGAAACAUAAAACUGUUCUUUUUCGAAAAAAUACUUUUAAAAUUAGGUCACGUAAAGUAAAAAUUUGAGGUAAAAAUGUACCUUCAUUAUAUAGUCUAGCCUUGUAAACUACAUAAUUUUGUGUGUAUUUGUUUUUAAGAUUUUUAAAGCGGAUGUUUGACACCAACGUAAGCUAUUAUGGUCUCAAAAUCUUACAGUUACUGACGGAGCUUGUGUGACAACUAACCCCAGUCUUCCCUAAUUCACGUGACCAUGACUGAAAGAAAACUGUGUGAAAAUUAUUAAUCCUGCUUCCCGUGCAAUUUCUUCCAAAUGAAAGUUUCUCAGUUCAUCAAUGUUAAAUGCUCAAGAGUCAAAACUUUUAUAGGUAGACAGUACCCAGUAUUGCGAUCUGCCAAUAAUACACUUAGCAGACAAUUUGUAAAUUUUUGCCUAAAACACAAAUGUGUUCCUCAGCCGGCUUUGCCAAACAAAAUCUAAGCGGGAAGUUUUGUUCGGUAUAUGUAUGUUCUUGCACAGCAAUCAUGUAGUCUUGUAUAUUUUAUUAUAGGAUACAGACAGCCCAACCUUCACCAGUUCCUCAUCGAGUACUUUCUUAGAAACGGUAUUGAGGCACAAUAUAAUGUACAAGUGCCCAGCCAGUUACCCAGAAUUGUUCAUGGAGGUGGUGUUCAUAGAAAUGAAUAUUGGAACAGAAGUUUGUCUUUGGUUUUAUUCUGUCCAUGUUCAAUAUGUGAAUAUAUAAAAUAUAUAUAAAUAUAUUCUAUGAGUAUAAAAAAUGAAACUAUAUCACUGUUGUAUUAACUUGAAAUAGUCUAAUCUUGUAUCUCUUAUUACUGAAUUUAGUGCCUUUUUUGGACAGUAGACUGUUCUGUAAUUAAUAUGUAGUAUAAAAUGCAUAUGCUUUGUUACUUUUUUAAGUUUUGUUUGGACACUUUUGUUUGUUUUCCAACAUUUGUUUUUACGUUGUUUUUAUUUUAUUCUAGAGAAUAAACACUUAAUGAGCAAA